GAAGCGCGCCGCGAACAGGGCCGGGCGGGCGGAUCCGCGAGCCCCUGCGGGAGGGGGCAUGAUGGCGGCCCAGGUGCUGGCGCUGCUGAGGGAGGUGUCGCGGCUGGAAGCGCCGAUGGAGGAGCUGCGCGCGCUUCAGUCGGUGCUGCAGUCAGUGCCACUUAGCGAGCUCCGCGAGCAAGCGGCGGAACUGCGCCUUGGCCCGCUUUUCUCCCUGCUCAACGAGAACCAUCGGGAACAGACUACUUUGUGUGUGUCCAUUCUGGAGAGAUUGCUUCAAGCUAUGGAGCCAGUUCACGUGGCCCGGAACCUCAAGGUUGACCUGCAGAGGGGACUGACUCACCCCAAUGAUUCUGUAAAAAUCCUCACUCUGUCCCAGGUUGGAAGAAUUGUUGAAAAUUCUGAUGCUGUUACUGAGAUUCUAAAUAAUGGUGAAUUACUAAAACAAGUCGUUUAUUGUAUCGCUGGAGAGAAUCUAUCUGUAGCUAAAGCGGCCAUUAAAUCCCUGUCAAGAAUAUCACUGACCCAGGCUGGACUGGAGGUUUUAUUUGAAAGCAAUCUGCUGGAUGAUUUGAAAAAUGUAAUGAAAACAAAUGACAUUGUUCGAUACAGAGUGUAUGAGCUAAUUGUGGAAAUUUCUUCUGUGUCACCAGAAUCUUUAAACUACUGUACCACCAGUGGGUUGGUAACCCAGCUCCUCAGAGAGCUGACUGGUGAGGAUGUGCUGGUCAGAGCCACCUGUAUAGAAACAGUGACAUCGCUAGCAAGUACUCAUCACGGACGACAGUACCUUGCUCAAGAAGGAGUGAUUGAUCAGAUUUCAAACAUAAUUGUUGGGGCAGAUUCAGACCCUUUCUCUAGCUUCUAUUUGCCAGGAUUUGUGAAGUUUUUCGGAAACCUGGCUAUUAUGGAUAGUCCUCAACAGAUCUGUGAGCGUUAUCCUGUCUUUGUGGAGAAAGUCUUUGAAAUGACAGAAAGUCAGGACCCCACCAUGAUUGGUGUAGCAGUGGACACAAUUGGAAUCCUGGGAUCCAGUGUUGAAGGAAAACAGGUUUUACAGAAAACAGGAACUCGCUUUGAACGCUUGCUCAUGAAAAUAGGAUAUCAAGCAAAAAAUGCCUCAACAGAGCUCAAAAUUAGGUGUUUGGAUGCAAUUUCAUCACUUCUUUAUUUACCACCUGAGCAGCAGACUGAUGACCUCCUGAGGAUGACAGAAUCCUGGUUUUCUUCUUUAUCUCGGGACCCACUAGAGCUCUUGCGUGGCAUCAGUAUUCAACCCUUCCCUGAACUACGCUGUGCUGCCUUAAAAGUGUUCACGGCCAUUGCAGACCAACCCUGGGCUCAGAAGCUUAUGUUUAAUAGUCCAGGCUUUGUAGAAUAUGUGGUGGACCGGUCGGUGGAGCGUGACAAAGCUUCGAAGGAUGCCAAAUACGAACUGGUGAAAGCACUUGCCAAUUCCAAGACAAUUGCAGAAAUCUUUGGGAACCCAAAUUAUUUGAGGCUCAGAACUUACCUGAAUGAAGGUCCAUACUAUGUGAAACCUAUUUCCACCACAGCAGUGGAAGGUGCUGACUGAUUUCUUCUAGAGUCUAGACCAUUUUUUGACCAAAACUUCUCCUAAGACUCCAUCUGUAAUUUACAAAACAGAGACUUCCUGCCCCCCAGAAUUAUCGUGGAGUGUCUAAUGUAAUUUUAAUCACCAACAUUUGUUGUGUUUCUACAUUGAAAUACAAUCUGAAACCAGGAAAGCAGGCAAGCUUGGUCUUAAUUGAACCAGAUGUUUUUCAGAUUCCUUUGACUGCCUUAAUCUUUGCAAGAAGAUGGAAAUUUUGUUCUCCUCCCAGAAAAUUUCCAUGGACUUACUGUCCUGUUUUAAAAUCUGCUUCAACUGAAAUGGAACCAAAUUGUUUCUGAAUACUCUUCAUCACUUUUCUUUUUCUUUUUUGGUCCCUUUCCCCCUUCUGAUUCCACCUUCAAAGUCUUGGAUAUAAAUAUUCUUUGAAAAACAAGUAAUAUGGAAUCUUAAAAUUAUGUUCUCUAUACUAAGAAAAAAUAUUUUUAAUAAGG